AUGGCGAAAGCAAGGCCUCCCUCCAAACACUCGCGGGCUGCCCGCCGGGCAGCAUCUCCGAGUCUCGACCUGGACAAGUCUCUGACGAAUCUCCCUCGAGCCGAAAACACUCCUUUGCAGCGCGAGUCAAUCCUCGCCGAUCGUGCCAAUGCUGGCGUAUCUAAGAAACAGUCGAAACCAAAAGCAAAGUCACGGGCGCAGCGAUUACGGCAGCAGAAAGGUAUGGAGAGGGCGGAGGCUGUCAUGGACCGGCAUGAGAUCAAGGUGGCUAAGAGCACCAAGCGUGCGAAAACGGUCAAGAAUCGCAGGGCUGAUUGGAGUGAUUUGAACGGGAAAGUGUCCAAGUUUGAAGCCCUCGCCGGAGUAGAUACUGGGGACGAUGAUGCCAUGGUCGACGUUACCGCAGCGAGCAGCAAACCCAAAACACGCACCGCACAAGUUACUCAAGAUCUCCCGGUAGACGCGCAUGCUGGGGUUGAUGAGGACGACGAGAUUACCUGA